AUGUCGUCAUCUUCAUCCGACGAAGUUUUCGAAGAAAUAUUUGACGAAGUUUUCGAAGAAAUCUUCGAAGAUACAUUCACCAACAUAGUCGAGGCCCAAACCAGUCACCAAAGGAGCCGUGCUUAUAUUGAACGAAACCGUGAAGGAGGACAAGACCGCUUAUGGAAUGACUACUUCAGCGAAGAUGCGACAUUCUCGUCACAAAUAUUUAGACGCCGCUUCCGCAUGAAUAAGGACUUAUUCUUGCGUAUUGUCUAUGGGCUAUCAGAGAACUUUCCAUUCUUUCAGCAAAGAAGAGAUGCAACCGGGAGGUUAGGUCUUUCUGCACUACAAAAAUGUACGGCAGCAAUUCGUAUGCUUGCUUAUGGUUCUGCGGUUGACACGGUUGACGAAUAUCUCCGACUUGGUGAGACUACUGCACUUUCCUGUUUACAUAAUUUCACUGACGGAAUAAUACAGUUAUUCGGAGGUGAGUAUCUACGACGACCCACACCGGAGGAUCUUCAACGACUAUUCGAUAUUGGAGAAAAACGAGGGUUUCCUGGGAUGGUCGGGAGCAUUGAUUGUAUGCACUGGGAGUGGAAAAAUUGUCCGACCGCUUGGAAAGGACAAUACGCACGAGGAUCAGGAAAACCCACAAUUGUCUUAGAGGCUGUUGCUUCCCAAGAUCUUUGGAUAUGA